AUGGCAUCUUCAUUGUUGGGAAAUGGUGGAUCCAAGAGAGCAAGGGGAGAGAUUAAGCCCUGGAAGGUUCUUCACCUAUGGCGGCCGAAGAGGACAAGCCGUGCUUUCGACGGUCUGGCGGAGACGGUCAACUCCAAGUCUGUGCCCAUCGAGUCUGUUAACUUCUCAGAUGCGUGCUCUCGCGUUUCUGUUCUUUUUGGAUGCCUUGGGAUCGCCUUCAAGUUUGCCGAGAGGGAUUACGUCUCCAAGGUAGAAGAUCUUAAAGAAGCGGCAAAAUCUAUUUCAACGUUGCAAUCUAUGCUUGAAUUAGACAUCAGGACCGAUUGUGUAAGGCAAGGCGGGAGUCAUUCACGAAAUCUUCUUAGGGUGAAGCGCGGAAUCGACAUGGUCAAAGUGCUUUUUGAGGAAAUCCUAGUAGCAGAUGGGAACUCUCUCAAGGAUCCUGCAUCCAUAGCUUAUUCCAAAGUUUUUGCUCCUCAUCAUGGGUGGGCAAUUAGAAAGGCAGUUGCUGCUGGAAUGUACGCCCUGCCCUCUAGAUCCCAACUUUUGAAGAAGCUAAAUGAAGAUGAGGAAUCAGCUAGAGUUCAGAUGCAGAAAUACAUAACGUCGUCGGGUCCUGUCAUUCGCUAUGUCGAAGAGCUUUUCCUCGCACGAGAGUUGGGCAUAGAUUGGUGAAAAAUAAGUCCUUCAAGAAAUGUCUGCAAUUACAAAUUGUUGCUGAUUUUUUCUUUUGAUCAUUCUUGGCUCAAAUCAUUGAGGCUGAUGCAGGUCUGAAUAUCUAACAUUCUGAUUAGAAACAUUUGUGAGAUUAUUAUUGUAAUUUUCUAAAUCUUAUGUACAUUAUUUAUAUGAAACUAUGGUUUUUUUUGUUGAAAACCAUGGAAUUGAAGGUGAAAGACAAAUAAAUUGUGAUUAACAACAUGAUUAGGAGUGGAGCAAAGCUAUGUAUUGGUCCUACAAAACACUUUCUUGUGAAGCAAAUCUUAGUGUUGAUUGGUUGGG